AUGUUGCAAAUUAGGCCUCUAGUUCGCAAUCAUUUUUGGUAUCGUAUUGGAAAUGGUCACUCUGUUUCUGCCUGGUUUGAUAGCUGGUGUGAAGCGAGUCCUCUUUCUAACCUAUUAUCUCGUGUUAUUUCUAAUGCAGGUUUUCUUAUGUCAACUUCUGUGUCUGAUCUUAUACAUGAUAAUACAUGGAGUUGGCCUAUGGAGUGGGGUAAAAUUAUUCCAACUAUUGACGUGCCUGUUUUAAUUCAUGACCAACCUGAUUCUCUAUGUUGGAAGGAUAAAUUUGGGUCGAUUCAACCAUUUUCGGUCUCACAGGUUUGGGAAGCUAUUCGUCCAAAUGAUGGGACUGUUAAUUGGUAUCAUGUUGUUUGGUUUAAACAAUGUAUUCCGAAGCAUGCAUUUCUUAUUUGGUUAGUUGUGAAGAAGAAACUUAAAACUCAGGAUAUGUUGCGAUAUUGGGAGAUGAAUGGUCCUGCUUCGUGUGCUUUUUGUGAUGCCCAGCUAGAUUCGCAUAGUCAUUUGUUCUUUGAAUGUGAUUUUUCUGCUCAAAUUUGGAAAGGCAUGUGUGAUCGCGUGGAUUUGGCUUUUUAUUCUGAUGAUUGGGAUAUAGUGUUAGCGAGCUUUAUUUCAAUUGCUACAAUAAAGAAGGCGGAUGCUAUCAUUGCUAAACUAGUUCUUGGAGCGUCUUUUUACUUCAUUUGGCAAGAGAGAAACUUCAGGUUGUUUCAACAACAGAGAAGGACGGUCCAUCAGUUAAUCGAGGUUAUAUAUUCGACUGUUAGACUAAAGCUACUUUCAUGUCAUUUCUGGAAGACUCCUCAAAUGGGAAGGCUUAUGGAUACUUGGAAGCUUCCGUUAUCUAUUUUCAAAUUAUAG